CGACGCACUCUCUCUUUCUGAUUGAGAGCAAGACACCUUCAACACCGCUGGACUGCCGGCAUGACGUCAUCACGGAUGACAACCAAAACAAACUCUUCCAAUAGGGCAAAAAGCCUUGCUCCAAAGGGAUUGAGAUCACACAUGAUCAGCUGAGUUGACAAGUGUUCACAUGACCUCAACGAACUCGGAUUGGUUCACAUCUUCUGUUCCCAUUCCACGCUGAUCAUGAGCAUAAGUCGAGAUCAUGUAUCGACGAGAGUAUCCUGAAGCCCCUGGACUUUACUACCGAAGACUACACGGAGGGCGAUAUCGGCCCACACUCAGGGAGGUGUUGGCGAAAAAUGGCGCUGGAUGUUUGGUGGGAUUAAUCCUGGUCAUAGUCAGUAUCGGCGGUUUAUUCUGGAAUGAAGGUCAAGCGAUUCGAACCGCGCGUUCCUUGGCGGAAGCUCAUCUCAAAGUUGUGAUACCCGAGACGAAUGAGGUUGUUUUUGAUGAAAACAACGGGAAACUCGUCCACGUGGCGGAUCGUCUUCAUAUUGAAGAUCCACUCACCGACCCCAUCUAUGGCAUUUCCGUCAAAGCAAUCAAGCUCCAACGAACGGUUCAAAUGUACCAAUGGUACGAGAUCCAAGAUCGUCAUGACUCGACCAUGGGCGCCAACGAGGGCGACCAUGAUGGACACACGGCGACCACUUACAGCUACGAUACGGAUUGGUUCGACUAUCUCAUCAAUUCCGACCAGUUUGAUAGUCCCAUGGGACACCACAACCCUGAGGAAUGGACCAUUAAUUCCUCUGUGAUCAUCAACAAGCGAGCCAAACUCGGAGGUUUCCUGUUGGGCUCGGAGCUCCGAUUCAAGUUCGACGAGUUCACCGUGUUCACCAGUGAUGAAAGGCCAAGUGAUCGGACCAUCAAAAUGCACGCGGGGCUGUACUUUCAUGCGGAAAACGUGUGGAAGCCGGAGGUCGGUGAUAUCCGGAUUCAAUUCUCCUAUUCUGGUCACGAUCAGGACCAGGUAACUGUGAUCGGGCGCCAAUCGGGCCGAGAGAUCCGCCCAUUCGAAACUGAAUCGGGAGAAGAGCUCUUGAUGCUCCAAUCAGGUCUGAAGCAAGUGGAUGAGAUGAUUCGCCACGAAGAGGCCCAAGUGCGAUUGGGAACUUGGAUCUAUCGCUUGGUGGGAUGGUUGGUCUGCUUCAUCGGAUAUAACUGGAUGUCCUCAAUUUUGGAUUUGAUCAUUGACGAAUACGUCCACGUUAGAGAUGCCUUGAUCCUGGGAAAUACUUCCCUUCCAUUCUCAUUCGCAUUGUCCACCACAUUUUGUGCCAUAGGCAUUGGGUGGCUCGUCUGUCGCCCGAUGGUGGGAUGCUUACUAUUAUUUCUAUCCAUUCUGCCUUUCUUCGGUCCAAUGGUUGCCAUUUAUUUACGUCGCGAGGAAGGCCGGCGACAUCGAUAUUAAUAAACAUCUGUGAUUUUCA